GCACCUUGUCCUCACUUGACGAGGAAUGGUGAGUGCUACAAUACAAUACAGGUAAUGCAUUUAAUUACCUUGUCUUUUCCCUGCCAAGGAAAUACAAGAGCAAAUAACUAUUAAAUGAUAUUGAUUUUUUUUUUUUUUUAUGAAAGCUUCUAAUCGGGAGAAUAAAAUAUGACUCCACAUCCAUAACCCAAAGCCCAGUACCAUGUUCCUAUCUUACAGUCUUGUUAUAAGACCAAAUUAAUCUAAUACAAGCCUUCUAUGGUGUGAUAAUAAAAUCAUAACCCCCCCCCCCCCAAUAUAAAAUAAGUGUGAUAUAUUAUACAGUGUGUGCUCUGUCUGAGACCUGUGAUUUACAUUUAGCACCAGUCAUGUUAUUAAAUUUACAUUUAUCCCAAAGUGAAGCAAACAAAUUGCGAGCACUGUAUAAUUUUAUAUAAACAUGAUCUCAAAUCUAAUCCAAUUAUAUUUUAUGACUGUGAACUCCAUAAUGCAUAUCAGUGGGUCUUGUAUAUUAGAAACACCGCUCAGUUUCUGGGCUGCAGUAGAAUGUAAAUUAUUAGACAGUGAAAUGAUUAUGUUAGUGCAUAGAUGCAGUGCAUGUUUUUGGAUGGUAGUAGAGCACGGGGCCAAGACUAAUUUGUUACAUUUAGAUGAACAGAAAUGUAUUUAUUUGUUCUGCCAGGGUCCAGUGAAAAGGGGGCUUUUACUUAUCUUUUGGGAUGUUUAGCCAGUUUAGAAUUCUGCACAUAAAACCGUCAUUGCUGUUAUUCUUCAUUGAGUCUGAUGGAAGUUCUUUCCCAGUCUGGGGUAUUUACAAAAUAAAUAAAUAAAAAGCUAGUUUCACUGUCCUUAGUUCUUGUGCACUGUAUACUGACUGGUCAAAUGCGUUCAAUACUAUACUACUGUACUUAAGCUGCUACUCAAAUUCUGAAAUUUUCAAAUAGAAGUGGAUACACGUGUAAGUGUGUAUGUGUACACAAGAGUAAAAUACGUGUUUUAGAAAGAAAAAAAAAAGCCACUGCCUGGGACACAAAUAUUCAGUUCUAUUAAAUCAGAUCUUUCUACCUCUGAACGCACAGAAAAAGACGAUUUAGUCUACACACAUUCAAAGCACGGUUAUGUUUUUUUCUUUUUUUUUUCCUUUUAGUUUCGUAAAACGCCUGAAUGAAGCAAAACUACAACACCCAGAAUCCCUUUUGUCAAAUAGCUUAUUGUCGAUUGGCUGAUGCUAGCGAACUGGUAGGGAACUCUGCACGUGAGUCUAGUUCUGGGAGGAAGCAAUUCCCAGAAUCUACACUAAUCAGAAAAAGGUGAUUGAUGGCAUCUGGAAUGUGGGGGGAUACCUGAAGAGAAACAGCUCUCAGAACUAUGCUUCUAGUGCAAAGCACAGGCAGCGAUGAAGCCCUGAGACUGAAGGCAUCAAAUGAGAAAUUGUUUACAGACAUUAAGGAAAUUGCUGGAAUGGAUAAUAAGGGGAACGGUUCAGCGGACACCAAAAAGAGCGCCAGAGCCAGUGCGACGCUCCCUUCAGGAUCCCUAGCGAAGACUGCUGACUCCUCACAGCCAGGACGCGAACCUGCACUGUAUGACUCGCCCUGCACACCACGCGGCUGUGCUUUUACCAGCCCUGUUGAGAAUGGACAGCUCCCUGACCCAGCGCACUGGGCAGUGUCAGAUGUUGUUAAUUAUUUUAAAGCAGCGGGAUUCGAUGAGCAAGCCUGUGCUUUUCAGGACCAGGAGAUAGAUGGCAAAUCUCUGCUGCUCAUGACAAGAAAUGAUGUCUUGACCGGACUCUCAAUCAAGCUCGGGCCAGCGCUGAAGAUGUAUGAAUACCACGUGAAGCCACUACAAACACAGCACCUGAAGAAAAACGCCUGGUAGCGCUCCAACGUUCAGCGCUGAUUACAGGCAGCAUUGUAUCCCAGGAUACCGUCAUCAUGGGAAAGACAAUCAGUAGACAACCAGGUAGACUUUUUGAAAUUGAACAUGAAAUUUGAACAUAAGCGUGAGUCUUGAACUACAUCUUACUCAAUUUUACUUGAAUUACAAGAAAAACACCUGAUUUAUGUUCAUGGUAUUUCUCCAUACAUUGUUAUUCAGGAUACUGGCAAGGAAUGAAUAAUGAAAAUAACCACUGUAGGUUCUAUGUUAAUGCAUAUUAAAGAAUUGUGCAUUAAUGUUUUUUUAUUUGCAAAAAAAGGUGGUUUUGAUGUCAAAUGGAUGGGGAAAAUGUAUGCCCAUUAUUGGAUUUUUUUUGACCAAAGUGGGUUUUUAGCUGGCGACAAAAUGUUACGUAAUGGAAGAGCCUACAUAUUUUUAAAAGUAAUUGGAUUGUUUAUGUAGCAUACAAGCAAUGUUCACAUUCUGUAUAUCCAAAAAAAUAAAAGUAAUGUGUUCAGUAACCCUUUUUGGGGUUCCUGAAUUCAAAUCAGACUUAUAUAUUAGGUAUUUUUUCAAAUUGUUUAUUAAAAAAAAAAAAAAAAAAAAAAGUUUAUAUGAAAUAAAAAAAAAAAAAUGCUGCCAACCUGCUUUUAAUAAUUCAUCGUUGGGGAUUUUGCAUUUAAAGUACAUUUUCAGGCACACUCCAUUGUCUGUGUAAUUUGGUAUUUUUGUGUGGAAUAGAAAUGAAUUGUAAAAACAUUGUACAUAGCCCAAUGUAAGGGAUGAAAAUAAAAUACAGGGAGUGGGAUCUUAUUCCCACCUAAGUGGUUUAAUAUUUCUGUAAUAUUGUGUUUACUAAAAGUGGUGCUUUCUUUGCCUACCAGAAUACAUCAUUCAUUCAAAGCGGUAUAGUUUUCAUAACCUGUUUUCCCUUAGACCUGAGUGGCUCUGCUUUAAUGGAGGCCUGGGGUUUGAUGUUUUAAUACUGCAGGUAACUAAAUGGUGCUGAUUCUGACUAACAUCAGAUUUCUUACUACGCGCAAGCCUUAUCAGGGCUUGAAACCCUUUUAGUCUAUCAGUGUGCGCUUUUGUCAUCAUAGGUGAUGUACUGUAACCUGAAAGGUUAAUAGCAAAUCGCAUUAAUAAUUAGUUGUUAUAACACCAGAUGGUCUUUUCUGAAUGAGAUGUCUCAUAUUAAAGAAGCAGGGAAGGUGUACUGUGAAUGUAAUUGUUGUUCCUUUUUUUCUUCCUUGUAAACCCAGUGUACUGUUGAAAUGUUGUGCUGCACCAAUUACAGCGUCACCUGUGCUCUUUAACUUUGGCACCCUCAGUGGCAAUAUAUGACUCUGUAUGAAUGGUGCAAUGGUAGUACAAUGUAUGAGCCAUUGGUAAAACAGUGCCACUGUGGUUGACAUACCAAUGCUAUGAACCAACACAUAAUCCACUGCAGUACCAUAUCUGUACCAGUGACCUGCGGUAUCAGGAGCACUGUACCAUUUGUUGCACUGUGCUGCCAUUGUUUGUAGUGGUCAGUCUAAUAUACUUGUAUUAUAUUGGCAGCUCAAAGGGAUUUAUUGUAAUUAUCAGCACAUCGGAUAUUGGGAUUGCAGUUAUAAGGCAUUGCAAGCCUCACAAUAUAAGAACUAUAUCAAUUGGCUGUAAUGGUUCUGGGAUUUGCAAUUAUUUUGUUACAGCACCUUUUCCUCUGUAUAUAUAACUGCACAGACGGCAGUGAGAUUGCUAUAAAGCUGUAUACUGUAUAUAGGCACUGCAUUGCCUCUGCAUAUUAGGAUGUGUUGCCUACAAUCUGCCUGCCCAGCAUUCACUAUAGACAGGUACUCAUUAUUAUUCAAGACAAGAAGGGGGUUUGCAGUUCAGAUGGAAAACACAGGAGUGUUCCUUUGGGUUGAUAUGUUAAUUGCUCGAGCCAACACUAUCUAAAGCGAGAGUCCAAGCCUUUGUAGUUGCUUAGUAAUACUGAGAUACCUGACAGCUUUAUUAAAGCUGAGUGCAGUACCGUCAAGUUUUCCUUUGAUGGCUUUUUUAAAAGUAUUUAACAUUUUAAUUUAUCUGAAUUGUUCUGAUAAUCAUCAACCAGAAAUAAUAAUAGAAAAAGAAUAAUAAAGUGCUCAGUCACACUAACUAAAAAGGGAAAAUAGCAGGGCUAAUUAAGAACCCCCUUGUUUUUUUGAAACUGGUGUAUGUAAAGAAAUCAGAAUGGUAAUGUGUAUACUUAGUGUGU